GAACAAAACCCGGUCAGGAAAAGAGACUCUGGAGCAGUCGACGUUGGCUGAGAAGAAUGUGACUCUAACAUCUGGAAAGAAAACAGUCAAAAAGGUGAAAUUAGUUCAGGGGACUAUGAACGUUACAAAGGUGUCAUUGGCUUUUGAUAGCACUAAGGCUGGGACGGGCAAGAUCACCCUUACAAAGGACAUUAAGACAGAGGCAGACAUCUCCUCAGGCACAUCUAAAACUACUGUGAAGACAGGGUCAGGCAAAGGGAAGCCAGUCCCACGGAAGAGUCAGUAUGUUGUGAACAUGACCACUGUGGAGACCACCUCUGAAGUCAAAGUCCUCAGCAACAAGACAACAACUAUCCAGUCUUCCAAAAACACCACCAAGAAAGCAGGAACAGGAGUGGGCAGCGGACUUGGCUCUGUGAAGGUUCAGAACAUCACCACGUACGGCUUCACCCUCACAUGGUCGGCCCCGACAGCCAUGUUUAAGAACUUCACUGUGUCCAGAAGAGAGCACAGGGCAGAGGGCGAGGAAGAUGAGGAGGAAGAGGCGGAGGAGGAAGCUGCUCUCGGGGAAGAGGACAGAAUAGCCGCAGUCGUCAACACCACCAUUGAGAUCCGAAAACAGAGCCCUAAUGGAACCGUGGCUUUCCCCACUAAAGCUCCCGGUAGCUCCAGAGGUAAAGCUCACACAAAGAGGGUGUCCGUUGUUCUCCCCGGCAGCGUUCGCUCUGUGGAGCUCAGUAACCUGCGACCUCAGACCCGAUACUCCCUGCACAUAUUUGGCACCACUCCCGGAUCCCGCUCCAAGAUUCACAGAGUAACCACCAUGACAGGGCCUGAGCCACCCACCGAGCUGGUGUUUAGUAACGUGACAGAAGCCUCUCUUUCUGUGUCCUGGUCCAAACCAAAGAACAAAAUCUCCGGCUUCAAAAUCACAUACUCUCACUCAGUCACGGGAGAGAGUGGUUCCGUGUCUGUGGAUUCCCUGCAGUCCCAGGUGUCUCUGUCCAAGCUGUCCUCAGGGGCCACGUACGAGGUCAGUGUGAUGUCCACUAUGGGGAAGAGAGAGAGUGAUCCCCUCAUUGCCAUCAUGACCACAGUACCUGCCCCUCCAACUGUUCUCCAAGCAAUUAACGUAACAGAUACCAAGGCAGUGCUGCAAUGGACCCCCGCCAUGGGCCAAGUAGACCGCUUCAUCAUCAGUUAUGAGUCUGCAAAAACUCCUAAUGUAACAGUGACAGUGAUGGUGUCUGGUAACUCAGUAGAGCAGCAGCUGAGAGGGCUGCAGAGAGCCACCCUGUACACAGUCAAAGCCCUGAGCCAGAAAGACAGUCUGCAGAGCACAGCCAUCACUACCACCUUCACAACUGCCAGUGCUGUAAAGGCCGGGGAGGUGGGCGCUCGUUCUGCUGUGGUAUCAUGGAAAUCCCCCAGUGUUGCGUUCAGCAGAUACAGAGUGACCUAUCAGACGGCAGGAGAGGAGGUCAAGGAGGUGAUUCUGGACUCCACGGUGACAGAGUACAAGCUCACUGGACUGUUCUCUAUGUCUAAGUACACAGUGCUGGUACAGGGAGAGAGAGAGGGGCAGUACACAUCUAUUGUCACCACUGAGUUUAUCACAGGAAAACUGCGCUUCCCGUUCCCCACGGAGUGUUCCCAGGAGCUGCUGAACGGAGCGCUCCAGUCAGGAGAGGUGGAUCUAUACCCAGAGGGCAAGGAAGGGAAGGCAGUCAGAGUCUACUGUGACAUGGAGACUGAGGGAGGCGGCUGGACGGUGUUCCAGAGGAGAAUGAACGGGAAGACAGAUUUCUUCAGAACCUGGAGUGACUACACUAACGGCUUUGGAAACCUCAGCGAGGAGUUCUGGCUCGGUAAUGAGCUGCUUCACAACCUGACCAGCAUGGGCCCAGUGAGCCUGAGAGUGGACCUGCGUUCAGGCAACGAUACGGCCUACGCCCAUUACUCCAGCUUCACCAUCGACUCAGAGGACAAACACUACGCCAUCGAGGUGUCUGGAUACACCGGCACUGCAGGUGACUCCAUGAGGUACCACAACGGGCGGCCAUUCUCCACCAGAGACAAGGAACCCCACCCCCUGGGCAUCCACUGUGCCAGGGCCUACAUGGGCGGCUGGUGGUACAAAAACUGCUACAAGACCAACCUCAACGGCCUCUAUGGCACCAGCAGCAACAACCAGGGUGUGGUGUGGAUAGACUGGCAGGGCAAAGACUCGUCCAUUCCCUUCACUGAGAUGAAGUUCCGACCGGCCGGGAUCUCCGUCACAACCCACGGCUAAGACUGUCCUCUGACUCGUCCACCCCUAAAACCCUUCCUUUGAGAAACAGAAAAGUGGAGCACCAAGAGACCAUAAACGUGUGGAUGUCGCACUUCCUGCAUCUGAAAUUCUGCCACAACUUGCAUGUCCAGUGGUCUUAACAGCCGUCACGACAGACAGCGUAUCAGUCCGUACUUGUACUGUACAGUGCAGUGCACCAGGCUCCUGUUCUGUACCUUUAUCAUGCUGUCUCUCUCAGCUGUAUUUGUAGACAGGAAAUAUUUGUGAUUGCAGCAUGUUGUACAGUAUUGUUUUAUGACCCAACUCUUACCGUCUCCAACUCAAUGACUGUUCUACUGUUCUGACCCCAAAGCAUCCCUAGCUGAUGCACAUCACAAAGGUUACCCACCCCACUACUACUGUAAUAAAAGAUGCACUGUCUCA